UUCACAGUAGUGCUACCAAAACUACUUACUGAGAGGGCCAUGAGUAAGUAAUCUCUUUGUGUGUGUGUGUGUGUGUGUGUGUGUGAAAGUGAGUAUUGUGUGAGUGAUUCGUCGAAACAAAAAAUUAGAAUCAAAUAUGGGGAGAGCUCCUUGCUGUGAGAAAGUGGGGUUGAAGAAAGGAAGAUGGACUGCUGAAGAGGAUAAAAUUUUGACCGAUUACAUACAGGAAAAUGGUGAAGGAUCAUGGAAAUCCUUGCCCAAAAAUGCAGGUUUGUUGAGGUGUGGGAAGAGUUGUAGACUGAGAUGGAUCAACUAUUUGAGAGCAGACGUGAAGAGAGGCAACAUCACACCGGAGGAGGAAGAGAUCAUUGUCAAAUUGCAUGCUGUUCUUGGCAAUAGGUGGUCUGUAAUAGCAGGACAUUUACCAGGACGAACAGAUAAUGAGAUAAAGAAUUAUUGGAACUCUCAUUUGAGGAGAAAGAUUUAUUGCUUCAUGAGAUCUUUAAAUGAGUCUCUGCCACCCAUUGACAUGGCUAUGGUGAAUUGUGCUACCUCCAAGAGAAGAGGUAGAGGGACAAAAAUUAAGGCAGCAAUGGAGGAGGACAAGAGCAUGGCUUUGAGCCAAAACUCCUUUGAAUCAAUGCCAAGUUGUUAUAGAGAAGAAGCUGAAGAAAUUUCGAUGAUGGAUACUAAUUAUGAAAUGGAGGGCAACAUAAGUAGUACAGUUGCAUCAUACCCCAUUAUGAAUGGGGAUAUUGAAGGCUUGGGACCAUGUCAAUAUUGGUCAAAUGAUGAAAUUAUGAAACUUAGUCUCAUGUUUGAAAAUGGGGUACUUGUAAAUCCAAGUGGUAAUGCUAGUGUAACCCUUAAUGAGGAACCUAAUGGGAAUGAGUGUGGGCAAAAUGUGCAUGUGGGUAUAAUGGGAACAAGUCAAGAAAGCAAGAUUGGUGUUUGGGACUCGUCAAAUGUGGAGAGUGGACAGUGGUACACAAGCUGUUCAUCGGUGAAUUCUGCCAUUGAUUAUCAAGGGUCUGAUUGGGACAUGGCAGGUAGUGUUCAAUCCUAUAAUCAAUGGGACCUUUGUGAAGAAGACCAAAUGAUGACUUGCUUGUGGGGCACUGGCAUUGGUGAAAUAAAUGGUUUUCAUCAGUAA